GUGGGGCCGGGCCGGGCGGGGGCGGUGCCCGGGUUCGAGUCCCGCGUCGGCCCGCACCGCUCUGCUGCCGCCCGCCCGCUUUGCCGGGCCCCGCUGGCCGCGGAGAUGGGCGACAUGGAGUCCUACAAGGUGAUGCUGAAUGGGCCAGCACCCUGGGGCUUCAGGCUGCAGGGAGGGAAGGAUUUCAGCAUGCCGCUCUCCAUCUCCAGGCUGACUCUGGGUGGGAAGGCGGCCCAGGCCGGCGUGGGAGUGGGCGACUGGGUGCUGUACAUCGACGGGGAGAGCACCAGUGCCAUGACACACAUCGAGGCCCAGAACAGGAUCCGUGCCUGCGGGGACAGGCUCUGCCUCACCUUGAGCAGAGCCCAGAACCAGCUGGGGAAGCCACAGAAGGUGCUGAGCCUUGACAAGCAGCCCCCACAGCUGCUGGAGUCCCCCAGCACCCCUGUGUGUGACCCUGUGAAGCUGCGGAUGUUAGAGGACAUUGACGACUCAAAGCCCCACAGCUGGACCUCCCAGUCCCGCUCCUUCCGCAAACUGUCCCGGCUGGUGGGCGCCAACAGCAUGGAGGAUGGUGAGGACGAGCUUGUUAAAAAGCCCAGGGAUGCCCGUGGGUCCAGCUGGGGCACAGUGGAGCAGUGGCAGCCCCCACAGCCUCUGGAGCCCCCCAGUACCCCUGGGUGUGAUCCUGGGAAGUUGAGGAUGUUAGAGGAUGCUGAGGAUUGGCAGCCUCGCACCGGGACCUCCCAGUCCCGCUCCUUCCGCAAACUGGCCCAGCUGACGGGCACAGAUGGCAUGGAGGAUGGUGAGGAUGAAUUUAUUAAAAAGCCCAGGGAUGCCCGUGGUUCCAACUGGGGCACGGGGCCGCAUCGGCAGCCCCCACAGCUGCUGGAGCCCCCUGGUGACACUGUGUGUGACCCUGUGAAGCUGCGGAUGUUAGAGGACAUUGACGACUCAAAGCCCCACACCUGGACAUCCCAGUCCCGCUCCUUCCGCAAGCUGGCGCGGCUGGUGGGCGCCAGCAGCAUGGAUGAUGGUGAGGAAGAGCCCGUUAAAAAGCCCAGGGAUUCCCAUGGGUCCAGCUGGGGCACAGUGGAGCAGCGGCAGCCUCUGGAGCCCCCCAGUACCCCUGGGUGUGAUCCUGGGAAGUUGAGGAUGUUAGAGGAUGCUGAGGGCUGGCAGCCCCGCACCGGGACCUCCCAGUCCCGCUCCUUCCGCAAACUGGCCCAGCUGACGGGCACAGAUGGCAUGGAGGAUGGUGAGGAUGAGGUUGUUAAAAACCCCAGGAAUGCCCAUGGGUCCAGCUGGGGCACAGUGGAGCAGCGACAGCCCCCACAGCCUUUGGAGCCCCCCAGCACCCCCGGGUGCAACCCUGGGAAGCUGCGACUGAUAGAGGACGCUGAGGACUGGCAGCCCCGCACUGGCACCUCCCAGUCCCGCACCUUCCGCAAACUGGCCCAGCUGACGGGCACAGACAGCAGCAUGGAGGAUCAUGAUGAUGUGUUUGUUAGGAAACCCAGCCAGGUCUCCGUGCCGGACCCAUCCCCGGGAGCAGCGAUGAAGACUGAGCCAGGACUGGCCCCCAGGACCCCCAGUGCCACCCCCAGCCCCACCAGCCGCCCGCCCUGGGCUGUGGACCCCUCGUUUGCCGAGCGCUACGCCCCGGACAAGACGAGCACGGUGGUGAGCAAGCACAGCCAGCCUGCCACGCCCACCCCCAUGCAGAACCGCAGCUCCAUCGUGCAGGCAGCCCAGCAAGCCCCCGAGGGGCCCGGCCGCACCCCUCUGUGCUACAAGUGCAACAAGGUCAUCAGGGGACGGUACCUCGUGGCGCUGGGACAUUAUUACCACCCCGAGGAGUUCACCUGCUGCCAGUGCAGGAAGGUGCUGGAUGAGGGCGGCUUCUUUGAGGAGAAAGGUUCCAUCUUCUGCCCCAAGUGCUACGACACGCGCUACGCACCCAGCUGUGCCAAGUGCAAGAAGAAGAUCACUGGGGAGGUGAUGCACGCACUGAAGAUGACCUGGCACGUGCAGUGCUUCACCUGCAACGCCUGCAAAACUCCCAUCCGCAACCGAGCCUUCUACAUGGAGGAAGGACAGCCCUACUGCGAGAGAGACUAUGAGAAGAUGUUUGGCACCAAGUGUCGUGGCUGUGACUUCAAGAUUGAUGCUGGGGACCGGUUCCUGGAGGCGCUGGGGUUCAGCUGGCAUGACACUUGCUUCGUCUGUGCGAUCUGCCAGACCAAUUUGGAAGGGAAGACAUUCUACUCCAAGAAGGACAAGCCACUGUGCAAGAGCCACGCUUUCUCCCACGUGUGAGGGGUGGGAAUUCAGUUGUGUCCACACAUGCCCCUGGCCCUGCAUGCUCCUCUCCCCCUGCCCUGCUCGCCCCAGGGAGCCAGGCUGGGCCCUUGGCCCUUCCCUUGCUCCUGCCUCUUUCCUGGCAGCUCCUGGCUCAACUCCAGACAGAUAGAGUGCUGGGUCCAGAGCCCCUUAUAGCUGGGUGGCUUCGUAUGUGCUUCUUAACUGGCCCUAGGAGCCCUGGGAAGGGGAUGCUGCAUGGAUCUCCUGCCCCUGAGCCACGCAGCAUGGUGAGCACACAACCAUGCUGAGGCUGAAAUUGGAGGGGGUCUGCCACAGCUGGGCUGCUCCUUUGCUGCCUGGCAGCUCAGUGCUGGGGCAGGGAUACCCCUUACACAUCCCUGUGUGGGUGAGGACCAGCUCCUGUCUCACUUUCCCCCACCUUCCCUGCUGUGUGCUUGGGGCUGGAGACCUGGCCCUGCUCCCCUGCUGGGGCCCUGCCCAUGACAAUCCCCCAGUCACCCUCAAACUUCUGCAGUGGCUUCCUGCCCCAGUUGCAUUCCAGGGGUGUCUGUGCCUUGUGCCCCCCACCCUGCUGCUCCCCAGGGGCUGGCAGCACCCCCAGCCCAGUGUGGCCCAGCUGUGGGCUGGCAGCGUGUGCUGAUGGCCAGCCCAGCACAGACAGCUGCUCCUGCAAGGCUUGGGCACAGCUUUCCUACCAAAGAGCUCUCUGCCACUGCCAUCCUGGGGCCAUCGAUGCCUCCCCCAACCCACACCCUCCGGUCAGGCUGCACUGAUGUAGUCACGGUGCUUUUAGUGCCUUUAAUAAACACAUCUCUGCAAGUGC